AUGCCGCGUGAAUCAGGUUGUGCAAAAUAUUCCUCAUUUCGGCAAGGAUUUUGGAUGCCCGAUCGGUUCACCGAUGUAUCCAGCAAGCGACCAGCGCUGUCGGGUCUGGACCGGUCAAUAGGAACUGGUCAAAGAAUUUUGUUCACAUGUCUUUCAGUAGAUUGUUCGCUUGUUACAAGUGUUCACCACGCUGGAUACUCUUUUUGUUUUCUCAGCAUGCCUUUACAUUCGUUUUUGCAUAGCGCAAACGCAUUUUACAAUGUUUAUGCAUUAUAUGUAUACAUAUAUAUAUAUAUAUAUAUACACAUAUAUAUAUACGCAAAUACAUAUAUGCAUAUAUAUAUAUAUAUUUGCGUAUAUAUAUAUAUAUAUAUAUUUGCGUUCAUACUUUCAGCUUCAGAUUCAUAG